AUGCGGCACGAAAAAAUAGCAGUUCGCGGGUUUGUUGAUUAUAACGAGUUAAUUUUAGAAGUUACUAUCGAUUCCAUAACACAGCUCAAGAAUCUCUUGCUUUUAUCUGGAGAUCAAGUGCGUAUUGUGAGAAUUGAGGAACAAGAAAUUCCAAUUUUGCCGCGUGAUUUUCUGGACGAAGUUAAUCUUGAACAACUAGAUAUAUCCCGAUGUGGACUUUCAUUUCUGGAAGAAGGUGCUUUAAGUGGUAGUGUUCUGAAACAUUUUUAUUUAGAAAACAAUGACAUCCAAGUUUUGCCAAAAGGUGUGUUUAAUGGACAUAAUAUAGAAAUAGUAAAUUUAAUGCAAAAUAAAAUUUCAAAAAUUGAAGAUGGGGCUCUUGAAGGCUUCGUUACAAAUCAGUUGGCAAUGAAAGAUAAUUAA